CCUGGACCUGACGCAUGUAAUCUGUGCGUUAAAAGAAGCCCACGUUCCUUUGCCCUCGCCAGCUUACAGGUCCAGAUGAUGCCUCUUCAGAUACUUCGUUUGUACUUGCACUGCUGACGCUGAGUCCAAUCCUUCUGAUGCCUGCGUAUGCGGUACUCGCGGUACAUACCCGCGAAUUCACUAUCAUCAACAUGAGCGUCCAGUUGGUAUGUCUUCAUUUCCCAAACCAUUCCCACAUAAGCUGUGUCUAAGCCCAAGUGACCCUUGAAAUAUUUAUGAUCAGAUAGCCAGCUUCAUCUUAAUGGUUACGGCUUUCCCUCAUCGCACAGCCAGUUCAUGGGCUAUUUUUCUUCAUUCCUGAUCUGUCACAUGUAUUUUCGACACCGAUUUGUGUCCUCAGGAUCCGUCGUGCUUGAUCAGCUUUUUCCGAAUACUGCGUGGUGUGCCAUCGUUGCCUAUUCAAGAUUCGUCUUGCUGUACCAUACGCCUCAUCAAGUUAAAUGGGGCCUGGGGAUUGGUAUGGUACUGGGUGUUUCACAUUAUGUGUGUACCGAAUUACUCCCAACUAAAUUCCCGGAUUCUGUGUUUGGACGAAUUCGAUCUGCCAUCGUAAAUCACCCGGUAAGCGUGUGGCUACGGCUAAGGGAUGGCUGGGGUGUCUGGGAGGAUGGUGGGAGAGAAGCUGAGUGGAAGCAAUGGAGAAUUGAAUGGCUGAAGCAGCAUGCACAUCUGGCAGGGAAAAAGACGACAUGAGUUUCACUGCUAAUACCUUGUAUUUUAUCUAUUAGAUAUAUGAUCGCACACCAUAUCUUCUUGGAUUUUGCCUA